AUGUGGCGCCCGCCCGCGGCACCAGCGCGCAGCGCCGCUGCCCCUCUGCUGGCGCUGCUUUCCGCGCUCGCGCUGCUGUUGGGCGCGCGUGCCGCGACGGUCACGGUCCCAGCAGAGGUGGGCGUCAGGAGCGUCGGCGGCGGUCCCGUUGUUGCCAAGCAGCCGGCCGCCCUGUACGUGUAUUUCACGCGGCUGGGCCCGGGGCUGAGUCUGCGCCGGAUACCAGUCUCGCAGUUCCAG